AUGCAACGGCCGAGCCAAUGGCUCUUGGCAAGUUGGCUGCGAUUGAUUGAGGUGUACGUCUUCACUAGUGUGUGUAGCGCGGUUGAGUCCAAACGUGUCCGUAUGGUGCAAAAGUUGAUGGCGGAGUUGAAGGUGCUCGUAGGGCAACGAGCACCAGCAGGGGGCGCGGCGCCCGCGCCGUCGCCGUCGCCCCCUACACAACAACAGCAGCAACAAUACACACGAAGAGAUCUCAAGCAGAAUCUGCAUAGACACAUGAGUAUUGUAUUAGACAGCGCAUCGGGCACAAGCGCGGUGGCCAUCGACAACAAGAUCGAGCAAGCAAUGGAUCUGGUUAAGAGCCACUUGAUGUUCGCGGUGCGCGAGGAAGUGGAAGUAUUGAAAGAGCGCAUCGCUGAACUAAUGGAGAGGAUCAACCAGCUCGAAGUGGAGAACACAUACCUGCGGGCUCAUGCGAGCCAGGACACCCUGGCGCAGCUGCCUGCCGCGGCUGGCACGAAGCCGCCAGCAGCCCCGCAGGGCCCCCAGCCGCCUGUGUCGUAG